AUGAGCGGAUUCGGCGUACCGAAGAAGACAAGCAAGCGCAGUCUGUCGCAGAUAUCGAAGGCGAAGGAUGCACCGGCAAAGAAAGUUGCCGUCGCAAAGAGGGCAUCGCUGUCCAAUGCGAUACCAAUGAAAAGACAUCAUGCAAGCAACAGUGAUGACUCUUCUAGCGACGUUGAUCAAGCAGUUCUACCGGACGAUGUCUCGGACACGAUCGUCAAGGUCGACGACACGAACGACAUGCCAUCAAGUUCUCCCUUUGCUCGGAUCCAGCGUGGGAGCGAGCCCACGUCUCCUGUUUACGGAAAGAAAGAGAAUGCUGAAGAUUCCGACGGACAAGACGCUGAUGUUGCUCCCUCAACGCCAGACGACGACGAAGCCAAGUCGGAUGUCCACGACGCCGACCCUCCAGAAGACGAAGAUGACAACGAUACCGAGGACGAGGAAAACCCAUUGGGCGGGAUUAAUGCGGCAUGGUCAGUCAUGCGCGGCCUAUGCACUCACUUGUCCCAUGGUGAAGUGGCUGCAAUCAACCGCGGUCAAGUGCUCCACGGCCCCCCUGGCGCAAAUCCUGUCACUCAAGCGAACGCGCUGAAGACGAUUUUUCGCUGGCCAGUCCGCGCGCGAAACCUCCUUCGCACUUCAUUCGAGAUGGAACCGAGCCGCAUUGACCUGGACUUGGACGAAGUUGACAACGCCGACGACGCCGAUACAGCGGUUGACGUUGAGGACUCGGGUUUGCCCGCGCUUCCAGAGCCAAUUUGCGCCGCUGUGGCCAAAGAAUACCGUCGCCAUCGCAAUCCAGAAACUCAGCAAAUCGAUGACCCGAGUGAGCUGCAAUCCAAGUUGGCACACCUCGUGCGAGGCUCAGCAGUAUUUGUGGAUUCGUUCAUGGAAUUGCUUCUCGUUCGCAACGCAGCGGCUCUCCAGGGCAACGAACAGCACUACUCGAACUCAGCAUGGUCGUCGAUCCAAGGAGUGCCGUGCGCGAAUUGGAAGUUCGUCGCAGAGUCACUCGACAAUCCACCUGGGCCACCCCACCGCGCUCCGACCUCCUUGCCUGCAAUUAUAGCCCGCCUUACUCCAGAAACCAAGGCGCGUAUCAUGGCGAGGCUCGAGGCCAUAUAUGACGAGUCCUGGGCCUAUCCCAAGGAAUAGAGAGCGCUUUCUCGCGGCGAGAAGUUGUCGCUCUCUCUGUUAAUUCCAGCGUAAUUUGGCUGCU